AGCCCCAAAUUUCUCCGCUCCCUAACGCUAUCGAGCCAAACCCAAACGUUAACUCAGACGAAGCACCAGCAGAAGAAGAAACAAAACCGAACCACUCUCAACUCUCCAACGUCGCCACCCGAUUCAUCGCGUUUCGCAAGCUACAAUGGCGACGUUCGAACUGUACCGUAGGUCGACGAUCGGAAUGUGCCUGACGGAGACGUUGGACGAGAUGGUUCAGAACGGCACUCUCAGCCCCGAGCUCGCGAUUCAGGUUCUGGUCCAGUUCGAUAAGUCCAUGACUGAGGCUCUGGAAACGCAAGUUAAGAGCAAGGUCUCCAUCAAGGGACAUCUCCAUACGUAUAGAUUUUGUGACAAUGUUUGGACCUUCAUCUUGCAAAAUGCGUUGUUUAAGAACGAAGACAGCCAAGAGACUGUUGGAAGGGUUAAAAUAGUGGCGUGUGACUCAAAGCUGCUCACACAAUAAUAUGCCCAAUUUCUGGCACAAGGAGAAAUUGUUGUCAUCUGCUGGUACUAUGGGAAUGGUGGCCAGACCAUAGUGACGGAUGGUCUUAAUUCUUGCAGGAACUAGCAACUAUUGUAUGUUAUUAUAGGUUUAAAAGCCAUCACUCUUCAUAUCAUUAGGUAAUUAUUAAUGCUACAUUCAGAAUACCCCUUCGGAGUUGGAUGAAUCUACUCUCUUCCUUUAACUGUAUUUUCUUCUAUUCUUCUGAGUACCAGUAAACUAGUUUAUUUCUCUUCGCCAAACUGUUAUGCUCACCUCAUAAGCAAUCAUUGCUGAUCACAUCGUUAAUUCUGGAGUAAUUCUAUUUAAUUAUUUUAUACA